CCAUGCUAUUUCAUAUCAGCAAGUUUUCCAUUACUCUCAUUUCUUCAGCGUUAUCAGUAUGAAGAUCGAUAUUGAUUUGUCCCCAAGAUUGGCCAAGAUGGAUUUCGCAGGAGAUGGUGGCUCAUACUUCGUCUGGUGCCCCUCUGAGUUGGCAAUGCUGCGGGAAGGGAACAUCGGUGCAGCCAAGCUUUCCCUUGAGAAGGAUGGCUUUGCUCUUCCUUGUUACUCUGAUUCUGCAAAGGUUGCUUAUGUUCUUCAAGGAAAUGGUGUCGCCGGAAUUGUCCUGCCUGAGAAAGAAGAAAAGGUUGUGCCAAUCAAGAAGGGUGAUGCAAUAGCUCUUCCUUUUGGUGCUGUGACAUGGUGGUUCAAUAAACAGUAUACUGAGUUGGUUGUGCUGUUAUUGGGCGAUACAUCAAAAGGCCACAAAGCUGGUGAAUUUACUGAUUUCUUUUUAACUGGUUCCAAUGGAAUUUUCACUGGCUUCUCUCCUGAAUUUGUGAGCCGAGCAUGGGAUGUGGAUGAAAAAACAGUGAAUACCCUUGUUGGAACCCAAACAGGCAUAGGCAUUGUUAAGCUUUCUGCAUCAUGUAAGAUGCCUGAACCCAAGAAGGAGAGCCGUAGUGGCUUGGUUUAUAACUGCGAAGAAGCUCCAUUAGAUGUCGACAUUAAGAAUGGCGGAAGGGUUGUGGUCUUGAAUACCAAGAACCUUCCAUUGGUUGCUGAGGUUGGCCUUGGAGCUGAUCAUGUGAGAUUGGAUGGGGGUGCUAUGUGCUCUGCUCUGCAGGUGACUUACAUUGUCAGAGGAAGUGGUCGUGUUCAGGUUGUCGGCUCUGAUGGCCGGAGAGUCUUGGACACCAGAGUUAAGGCUGGAAAUCUUUUUAUUGUUCCAAGGUUCUAUGUUGUUUCAAAGAUUUGUGGUCCUGAUGGAAUGGAUUGCUUCUCAAUCAUCACUACUCCCAGCCCUAUAUCCACCCAUUUGGCUGGUAUGACUUCUUUGUGGAAGGCUUUAUCACCUGAAGUGCUUGAAGCAUCUUUCAAGUUCUCUCCUGAAGUUGAGAAGCUUUUCCGGUCAAAGAGAACCUCUUGAUGAAAUUUUCUUCCCAGUAACUGAUAAUCAUUAGCUAGCUUGUUAUUAAGCUCUUGCAGUUUUUUGGUU